AUGGACUGGGACUGGGGCCGCUGUGGCAGAAUCCGCAAUGCCACUGGAGCAGUCCGCCUAGUCCUUUGCAUGAUCGUCACCUUGUUUCCGGGUAGCCAGUGUGCCGGUAUUGUCAGGGGCCGUGGCGCUUGUAGGGGUAGCACGUCCGGUAGAUUCAACGGCGAGGGGGGUCCUGCCCAGAGAGUGCACGCCUUUGUGCCAGUCGCUAUCUCCAAGCAACAAUCAACUUCCCCUCCCUUUGCCACUUUGCCCGGCAUGCUUACUCGUCCCUCAAGCAGGCGGUUAACCCGCUCCCAACGCCGUGAGGAAUCUCCUCCGCCUGCCAGCCCCUCUCCCACCGCUUCUGACGUUUCUUUUAACGAGGAAACGCCUGCCCUGCAGUCCUCGCACGUCACCCUCGGCACCUCUCUGCCGCCCACCCCGGUCCCCGCCUUUGACGACCCCUUCGACUCUGAUCCCGGGGAUGCUUUUGAGCUUUCCCUAGAGCCGUCAGACGAGGAAAUCGAGGCCGACGACGAGGUCGACGACGAGGCCGACGACGAUACCGACGUUAUCCCCGCCUCCCUGCCGGCCUCCCAAGUCUCCCUGCCGGCCUCACAACGCGCCCGGGGGCGAGGUAAAGGGUUCGUCUGGUCCGGCGCUCAAGUAGUGCGCUUUUUGCAGGUGCUGGCGGGCAUGGGCCGGGCCGGGCAGUUGGACCCCCGCAUCAGUAACUGGCAACGCAAGGCCUUCUCAAAAGCUGAACGGAAGUUGCGCAGGCAGUGGCCCUCCAUCUCGUGGAAAGGGAAGGUCAAAAGCAAGUAUAUGUAUCUGAAAAAGCGCUACAGAGAGUGGGAGGGCUUUGGGAAGCGGUCAGGGGUUAGCGUUGAUCCAGAUACAGGCAGAUAUAUCGCCAGCCGCAACUGCUUUGAGGCUUACUUUCAAGUCAACUCUGCGGCCCGUUGGAUCCGCAAGGGGCCGCCGGAGCAUCUCGAUCUCUGCCGGGCCGUUUUUGACGGCAACUGGGCCUCCGGGGACCUCGCAACCACGGCAGGCGGGCGCCUGCGCGAUCAGGGCCGUGCCCGGCCCUUGCCCGAGGCUGAACAGGACCCCUUCGAGAGCGAGUUUAACGACAGUGCAGACGGUGCAGGCGGUGCGUUUCCCGGCCCGGUAGCGACUCCUUCCGGCCCCCCUCAGGCCUUAACAGUCGCCCGGGCGCAGUACUACGUCGGGGAGAGCCUUAGGGAGGCCGCACGCACGCUGGCAGGCCAGCCUUGCCCUGCAACGCCGGGGUCUUUUGAGCCUUCCCUUACCUCCUCCGCCGGCACGUCUCGAGGCGCGCCCAGUCCCUACUACCUGCGCGGCCUAGAGAAGUGGGUUGAGGCCUCGAAAACGCUGAACAAGGCGCCAUGGAAAGAGAGAUUGGUUGCGAGGGAUCGCUGCAAGUUGAUUUCGGCGUUCAAGGCCGACACGGAGAUCGCGGUCUGGUGGCUUUCGUCGGAGGAGGACAGGGAGUUAAUUUGGGAGUUCGUGCGAGGCGAUUCGAUGAGCGCGAUGCUUGGAUAAAGGCGGUUCGAACGAAAGUAGUCUCAUUGUCUGGUGAUUUUCCUUUGUCGAGAUAUUUCAGAUUGUGUUCGAGAGUUGUCGGAAAGGGAAUUUAUCGCUUUUGCAUUAACGAA